AGGUGGCUCGCUCAGGCAGGUAGCAACGGGGGAGUGUGCACCUGUCAGCAGUCAAGCUCAGCCGCACUGCGAGACGAGGUGGAGCGAGCAGAGGGAGUGAGUCAACCAUGGACAAGUUGAAGUGCCCGAGCUUCUUCAAGUGCAGAGGGAAGGAGAAAGUGACAGCUUCAUCUGAGAAUUUCCAUGUUGGUGAAAAUGACGAGAAUCAGGACCGUGGUAACUGGUCCAAAAAAUCGGAUUAUCUUCUAUCUAUGGUUGGAUAUGCAGUGGGCCUGGGAAAUGUGUGGAGAUUCCCCUAUUUGACCUACAACAAUGGCGGAGGUGCCUUCUUGAUACCUUAUGCGAUCAUGCUCGCGCUGGCUGGUUUACCCUUGUUCUUUCUGGAGUGUUCACUGGGACAAUUUGCUAGCUUAGGUCCAGUUUCAGUUUGGAGGAUUCUUCCAUUGUUUCAAGGUGUGGGAAUUACGAUGGUCCUGAUAUCCAUUUUUGUGACAAUCUAUUACAAUGUCAUCAUUGCCUAUAGUCUUUUCUACAUGUUUGCUUCUUUUCAAAGUGAGCUACCAUGGAAAAAUUGUUCGGUUUGGGCAGAUGAUAACUGUAGCAGGUCGCCUAUAGUUACUCAUUGUAAUGUGAGUACGAUGGGGGACAUCAUCCGAGUAAAUAAAAGCUGGUUAAGCACCCACAAUUUGACCUGCAUCAAUGGAAGUGAGGCUUAUCAGCCAGGACAGCUUCCCAGUGAACAAUAUUGGGACAAAGUGGCGCUCCAGCGGUCAAGUGGAAUGGACGAGACUGGGGUAAUUGUGUGGUACUUAGCACUUUGUCUUCUUCUGGCUUGGCUCAUAGUCGGAGCAGCGCUAUUUAAAGGAAUCAAGUCUUCUGGCAAGGUGGUAUAUUUUACAGCCAUUUUCCCCUAUGUCGUCCUACUCAUCCUGUUAAUUCGAGGUGCGACUCUGGAGGGCGCGUCGAAAGGCAUUUCAUACUAUAUUGGAGCACAGUCAAACUUUACCAAACUUCGGGAAGCUGAGGUUUGGAAAGACGCGGCCACUCAAAUAUUUUACUCCCUUUCGGUGGCUUGGGGCGGCUUAGUUGCUCUAUCAUCUUACAAUAAGUUCAAUAACAACUGCUUCUCAGAUGCUAUUGUAGUUUGUUUGACAAAUUGCCUCACCAGCGUGUUCGCCGGAUUUGCUAUUUUUUCUAUAUUGGGACACAUGGCUCAUAUAUCGGGAAAGGAGGUCUCUCAAGUUGUAAAAUCAGGUUUUGAUCUGGCGUUCAUUGCUUAUCCAGAAGCUCUAGCCCAACUCCCAGGUGGGCCAUUUUGGUCCAUAUUAUUUUUCUUCAUGCUUUUGACUUUGGGUCUCGACUCUCAGUUUGCAUCCAUUGAAACGAUUACAACAACGAUCCAAGAUUUAUUUCCCAAAGUGAUGAAGAAAAUGAGGGUUCCUAUAACUUUGGGUUGCUGCUUGGUGCUGUUUCUCCUUGGUCUCGUCUGUGUGACUCAGGCUGGAAUUUACUGGGUUCAUCUGAUUGACCACUUCUGUGCUGGAUGGGGCAUUUUGAUUGCGGCUAUACUGGAAAUAAUAGGAAUCAUCUGGAUUUACGGUGGGAACAGAUUCAUUGAAGAUAUAGAAAUGAUGAUUGGAGCAAAAAGGUGGAUAUUCUGGCUUUGGUGGAGAGCUUGCUGGUUUGUCAUUACACCUCUUCUUCUGAUUGCAAUUUUGAUCUGGUCAUUGGUGAAAUUUCAUAGGCCUAAUUAUGCCAAAAUUCCAUACCCUGACUGGGGAGUUGCUCUAGGCUGGUGUAUGAUUAUUUUCUGCAUUAUUUGGAUUCCAAUUAUGGCCGUCGUAAAAAUAAUUCAAGCUGAAGGAACUAUCUUGCAACGCAUUGUAAGCUGUUGUAGACCAGCUUCUAACUGGGGUCCGUACCUGGAACGACAUCGUGGGGAGAGAUACAAAGACAUGAUAGGUCCUAAAAAAGAGACUGGCCAUGAAAUACCUACUGUCAGCGGCAGUAGAAAACCAGAAUGAGAUCUAAUUUUUUAAACAGACGUGGUCAUGUAAAGUGAUAGCUUUAGAAUCAAGGAAAAUUUUAUUUAUUUGUACGUUAAUUGAGUAGAAAAAUGUACAUACUAUGUCCAUAAUAGUAUAAACUUGUUUUCCCACCUAAGCAGGAAUGUGAUAUAAUGUGAAUCUACUAAUACUUAACAAUGUGAUUAUUAUAUUUCUUUUUAGAUCAUCUAUCUGUAUAACACAUAUGCAGCUGUCUCUAUUUCACAAUAACACUUUUGUAAAUAUUACCAUAAUAUUUUUCUAACAUGCUGAAGACUUUAUUUUGAGCCGGUUAUUUAGAAAAUUGUUAUAUUUUCUAUUAUACAAGUUUUAAAAAAUUGUUUGCUAUAUUUUCUUAGUAUACAAGCUUUCUUUUCCAUAAAGCUGGGGAAAAUAAAAUCAGUAUAUUUAAAAGAAAGUAUUAAAGUUGAAGGCCUUAUUU